AUGCGAGCGACUGCAGUAGAAACUGAGUGUUCCUCUAUCAGCUCUGAGCUGUACUCCAAAUUGGAAGAAGAAACUGGUAUUGCAACAGGAUAUAAGCAAUGUGGUGCAAUAAGUUUAGCACAGACCAAAGACAGACUCAUUUACCUGAGAAGGGCUGCCGUAAAUGCUCGAGCCUAUGGUAUUGAAACUCAUGAGAUCAGCCCGGAUGAGAUUAAAGAACGACAUCCAUUGAUAAAAACUGAAAAUUUAGCAGGUGGUCUUUGGAUUCCUGGUGAUGCUACUGCUAAUCCUUCUGAUGUCACUCAAUCUCUUAUUAGAGGUGCAAUAAAUAGAGGUGUGAAAUUACAUGAAAAAGUAGAAGUAACUUCAAUAGAAACAAUAAAUGGUCAUGUUUAUUCCGUGGUAACAAAUCAAGGCAAAAUACAAUGUGAAUAUUUCAUUAACUGUGGUGGUAUGUGGGCUCGAGAUAUUGGUCUGAGAAGUGACCCUGUAGUAAAAGUUCCUCUGCAUGCAUGCGAACAUUAUUAUCUUGUUACAAAACCAAUCAGAUCAGAUAUCAAUGUUGCUGAUUUGCCAACAAUACGUGAUUUGGACAGUUCUAUCUAUAUACGUGAAUGGUCUGGUGGUCUUUUAGCUGGCGGAUUUGAACCACUGGCUAAACCAGCAUUUUACAAAGGAAUUCCAAAGCCCUAUGAAUUUCAAAUGCUACCCGAGGACUGGGAUCACUUUCAGGUGCUGUUGGAUGGGAUGUUAGGUUGUGUACCAAUGCUAGAGAAAGCUGAGGUCAGGCAAUUAUUCAACGGUGCUGAAAGCUUCACUCCUGAUCUGAAAUAUAUUAUGGGUGAAGCACCCAAUGUCAAAAACUAUUAUGUUUUGGCCGGUAUGAACUCAUCUGGUAUCGCUGGCAGCGGUGGAGCUGGUAAGCUGUUGGCUGAUUGGAUUGUUAAUGGUGAACAACCAAUGAACAUGUGGCCUGUAGACAUCAGAAGGUUUUGUCAACACCAAAAUAACAAAGCAUAUCUAAGAGACAGAGUGAAAGAAGUGCUGGGUAUGCAUUAUCAGAUAAGGUACCCAUAUCAGGAAUACCAGUAUGGAAGAAAGUUACGAUGUUCUCCACUGUAUCCAAGACUUCAAGAAUAUAAUGCGGUAUUUGGAGAAAAACUGGGAUUUGAAAGAGCUAACUGGUUCAUAACUGAAGAGUAUGCUGAUGAUUUUCUACUGCAGAAUAAUAGCGAGAAAGGUACAUUUUGUAAACCCAAUUGGUAUGAAAUAGUGAAAUCAGAGUACAAGGUUUGUAGAGAAGCUGUUGGUGUCCUGGAUAUGUCAUCAUUCUCUAAAUUUGAAAUUAAGUCUGCAGGCAAUGAAGCUACCAAAUUACUGCAGCAUUUAUGCGUAAAUGAGAUGGACAUGCCUGUGGGUAAUGUAGUACAUACUGCCAUGUUAAAUCGGCAUGGAUGUUAUGAAACUGACUGCAGCGUAGCACGGUUUGCUCAUAACCAUUAUUUCAUUAUAUCACCAUCUGAUCAAGUAACUCGUAACUUUGCCUGGAUAACAAAACAUAUACCAGAGGACAAGCAAGCAGCGAUUACCGUAACUGACGCAACAUCACGUUAUACUGCACUGAAUGUUAUGGGACCUAAGUCGAGAGAAUUAUUACAACAAAUCACAUCAACAUCGUUGAACAGUACUGAUUUCAAACCAUUUACAUGCAAGGAGAUAUCUGCUGGUUAUGCUAGCGGUAUCAAGGCAUUGGCUAUGACACAUUCUGGUGAACUAGGCUGGAUGUUAUACAUACCCAAUGAGUUUGCUCUCUCUCUGUAUGAUCUAUUGAUGGAUGUUGGUAAAGACUUCGGUAUUCGCAACGUUGGAUAUUACGCCCUACGUUACCUCCGAAUCGAAAAGUUCUUUGCAUUUAUGGGACAGGAUUUUAAUUCUACCCACACACCUUUUGAAAUCGGGCGAGAGUUCAAAGUUGACUUCAAGGCUUCAAAUUUCAUUGGUAAAACGGAACUAUCAAAGAAGAAGAAUGAAGGUGUUAAACGACGCCUCGCUAUGUUUCUGUUGGACGAUCAUGAUAGAGACAAGGAUCUAUGGCCGUGGGGUGGUGAGGCCAUCUAUCGUAAUGGGCAGAUGACUGGCUUGACUACAUCAAUUGGAUGUGGCUUCACACUAAACAAAAUGAUAUGUAUUGGAUGGGUGACGAAUAAGCACAAACAAACUGGUGUACGUCAACUCGUUACAAAUGACUAUGUAAUAGAUGGACACUACGAAAUUGAAAUUAAUACGAAGCGUUUCACUGCUAAGCCAAGAUUGUAUACUCCAGCGUUAGCAUAGGCAUACAGUAGACUUUUUCUAAUUAUAUGAUUUCAGCAAGUAGUACUUGUACAAGUAGCAUUUUGUUUUAAAAGCUCUUGUUCACAUCAAGCUAUAUUAUCAUGACUACUAGAAAAUAAUAAUAUUUGUGAUGUGUUGGCUCAGGAACACACAAAACAUCAAAUAAACCAGAGAGCUUUCAACUUUAAGUUUAACUUUUUGUUUAUUCCGCCAUUUUCAGUUGCUCCAACGGCACUACUUAUUACAUAUCAAUACACUUGGGUGAUCAGGCGACAUAUAACACCAUUGCAAAAGUAUGUAUACUGAUGCAUGCAAUA